AUGUCUAACUCGCAAACUCCUGAUGCACGCACUGCGCUUAUGCAAUCUAUUCUGUCGCGUCACUUGCAGGCGAGUCCGGCGAGAGCAUCCUCAAGCUCUCUAUUGCGGAGACCAAGCCGCAAUUUUAAUGUGCAGGACUUUGCUGGCCACCGAAAGCAGGCAGCUAGCCCUAGCAAACGCAAGGCGCGCGAGGACAAAAUUGCCUUGACGAUUCGAGGUAGAACGAUCUAUGAUCCACGAGCCUGCCCCAUUACACACUCGGCACCCAAGAAAAGCAGCCCACGGAAGAGGUUGAUGAAGCCAACCGGUCCCUCAUACCACCCUGGUGCAUCCUUUGAAGAGAAACCAUUGACUCUGAAUAUUUUAAAACGGAUGAAAACCGAGGAAGAAUACCCAGAGAAGAACCAAGGUUUCUUGGUAGAAGCCGGAGGUGAAUCUACACCGAGCUGCUACUGGGAGGCGCAGGACAAGUCUCCUUGGAUGGGCAUCUCCGAGUCUGAUCCGGACUGGCCAGGAAGCAGUGAAAAAGUCACACCCUCGGACAUGGAGUAUUCUCCGUCUCGCUGGAACGCGCCGCAAUUUAACUCAGGGGAGGGCGACUGGGAGAUGAUGUUUGACAUGUACAUCAGAGAGCAGUGA